AUGCAAGAGCUUUCCAAGACGCCCAGCUUUCCCAUCAAUCCCCAAACCAUCGCAAAAUUCAUGACCAACUCGAAGCAGAACCCAGAAGAAGACCGGCAACCGGACGUCGAAAAAGUAAACGAUACGACGAUGGCAGACAACCUUGAACCAGCUAGUGGCCCACCGCCGGCCAUCGAUGCACCUGGGCAUCAGUCGACCACUAAUCUCUAG